CAAAUAAAAGCGACUUCUGUGUGUUGAAGGUGCAGCCUGCGUCUGUUCCACAAGAUGUGUUGAGGCUUUUGAUUGUCCUGUGAGAAGAAACCCGAAGCCGUUAGCGCGGCGCCACUCCCAGAGUUUCAAUUAUCUCUGCACUCGCCCCCCAUGGCAACUUGAGGACCAAACUGGUUUCCAACAGCGUUCGAGAUUCUUGCAGGAGCGUGCCAGUUCUGCUCUAAGCAUUGCGGACAUCUCUCACAGCAUCGCCUUUCUCCACACUCCGACGCUGACACACCAAGAGACAGCAUUUGCAAAAUGCUCAACGAAACAGCCUCGACUGUCUCUGGGCCUCUAUCCACUCACCAGCCUGCCACAUGGCCGUACAGUGAGUGCUUCUCACAGUCUUUCAGGGGCGUGUUCCACCCGCUGCUGUACUCCCUGGUCUUCGUGCUGGGGUUGCUAGGGAACGGGCUGGUCAUAGCCGUGCUGCUGCAGGUCAACCGCAACCGGAACGUGACGGACACUUUCAUCCUCCACCUGGCGCUGGCCGACUCCCUGCUGGUCGUCACGCUGCCGUUCUGGGCUGCUGAGGCCAUGCACGGCUGGAUCUUUGGAACUGGGCUCUGCAAGCUUGCUGGCUUCGCUUUGAAGGUGAACUUCUACUGUGGGAUAUUCUUUCUGUGCUGCAUCAGCUUGGACCGCUACCUGUCCAUCGUCCGUGAGGUCCGGGUGUCCAGCCGGAGGAAGACCAAGGUGGUCUGGGCCAGCUGUGUCAGUGUGUGGGCUCUCUCCAUCUUCAUCAGCUUCCCGGACCUCAUCUUCCUGAAGGAAAGGAAGUUCAAAAACAUCUCAAUUUGCUUUGAUGAAUCCACAAUUCCCUGGCAGGUGAUCCUGUCAUUCAGGCUGAUUGUCAGGUUCAUCUUCCCCUCCGCAGUCAUGGUCUUCUGCUACUCCAAGAUCCUGCGCAGGCUGAGCCGGUCCCAAGAGCACCAGAAGAGAAAAGCCAUGAAAGUGAUCCAGGCUCUGGUGGUGGUCUUCUUUGUGUGCUGGACGCCCUACAACGUGGUCAUCCUGCUGGAUAUUUUCUUGCGUGGAGGGGCCCCAGAAAACAAGGAUCAUCAGAGAUGCUACCUGUACGUGGCGAGAAUCCUCUCCCUGAAUCUGGGAGCCCUCCACUGCUGCCUGAACCCCAUUCUUUACACUUUUGUCGGGGACAAGUUUCGGGAAAAACUCUGUCAAUUGAUCUGCUUCUGGGUCAGGAGGAAAGACAGACCAAGAGACAGCCAGGGAGGAUUUCUCAGAUCGGUGGAUACCUUUGCCAGUAUAAACACAACUGCAAUUUAACACUGCUCUGUUAAAAUUUGGAUUAAGCAUCUUUACAUGCGAUCAGCUCUGAGAUCUCAUCUCGGAUAAGAUAGCUAGACGACAUAACAGGAGACAAGGAUAGCAAGUUUUAUCAAUCUGAAACUCGGUUGUGAAGAUUUGCUUAGAUUUUUGAUCUUUUAUUUAAAAUCUUGUAAUGAAAGAAACUACAAAAUGAUAAUUGUAAAGUCUCCCGGCAGCCAUAACAGUAGCACGGUAGUAUUUCAUUACAAUCACAAUUUCUAUUUGUCAGUAAUAUGGAAAAACUCUGAAGUGGCGGUGUGUAAUUCAAUAUGUCAAUGUAACGUUAUCCCAGCAGGUUUCAUUCAACUUUAUAAAGCAAAAUGAGUUCAUUCUAUAGAGUGAUGCUGCAAAACUUUUGGCCAGAGCUGUAUUGUCUGCCCAUGCUCCUUCAUUGCUGGCUGUGUCACAUGGUUUUGUUUUUAUCUGCUUGAAUAAACCCUUCCAACUGUGCUUCCCUGUCUUCCCUGUGUCAGUGGAUCUCCUGUACACCCUAUCGCAGCGCCCUCAAUAAGAUCACCUGCCUCUGUGCAAGCCUGACCCAGGACCCAGGAGUAGUUUCAUUGAAAGACAAACAGGUCAUAGCAAUUCCACCUCAGGCUUGCUCU